GUUUUAGGAGUUUGGAUAUACACAAGCCUGUCUAAUAGCAAGGACAACGACUAUUAAAAUAUCUUGUCUGCAAUCAUCUUAUCUGAUUACAUUCUCACGGCUAGUGUGGUUUGCAAAUAUCCUACACCUCCAUCAAAAGCAAUGGCAGAAUCCUUUCUAUCCUUAGGUGCUCAAAGGAGCAAAACACAUUACGCCGUCUAACAUUACAGUUGUUGGCACUUGAAUUUCAUGGCCUUGCAGUCUGCAUUUCGUUCUUGCCCCGCUCUUUCGCAUUCUCAUUGUUAUGACCCAAAUCCAUAUCCCACAGUGGUUCAAUGUAGAACCAGUAUCUUCAACUCAACAAAAAAGCCCACCAGUCUCUCGAGCUUUCAUUCUGCACUUUAUCAUCAUGCCCUUCAAUUGGAAUUUGUUGGACCCAUAAUAUCUAAAGGCAAACGCAGCAGCAGACAAAUAAAGUGCAUGGUAUGGGACGGGCCUCUUUCAUCUGUUCAUUUGAUGAUGCAAGGCAAAAAUUUCAAGUUGACAGAUGGAGUGAAGAACUAUAUACAACAGAAGGUGGGCAGCGCGAUUCACCAUUUUGCCCCGAUUGUGAAAGAGGUUGAUGUUCGUUUGUCUCUCCUAGGCGGGGAGGUGGGAAAAGGCCCACCAGUCAGACGUUGUGAGGUAACGAUAUUCACAAAAAAGCAUGGAGUUGUACGAGUGGAAAGGGAAGCUGAUAGCACAUAUGCUAGCAUAGAUAUGGUUUCAGAUAUUAUUAAAAGAAAGCUAAGGAAGAUCAAAGAGAAGGACGUAGAUCUUGCACACAAAUCAUCCAAGGUUUGGCAGCCAUCAAAGGAAUCAGUGAAUGUAGAUGAAAUUCUUGACAAGGAGGAUCCUUAUGAUUUAUCUGAUGAGGUUGUUCGAACAAAAUACUUCGAAAUUCCACCAAUGACUCGUGAAGAAGCCUUAGAGCAGCUUCUAAAUGUCGACCAUGAUUUCUAUGCAUUUCGUAAUCCACGGAGUGGAGAAAUCAAUAUUAUUUACAGAAGAAAACAUGGCGGUUAUGGAUUAAUAAUUCCAAAACAUGAUGAAAGAUGGGAGAAUCCAAGCACAGAAGUUCCAAAUGAAAUACCUAAGGAAUCUCAUGGCUAGGUACAGUAAUUUAUAGUCUGUUUUACAAAAUGGUUUUGAGACUCUAUCCAUUCUGUUGAGUUAAAAAUCCAAUGAAUUUCAUUCCGGACUGGAAAAUUAUUACACUGGAAAAGAGAAAAUGUUACAGAAGGCAUAGCUAGAAAUUAUCGCCCAGUGGGAAACCUCAAAAUGCAAUUUUCGCUAUUCCAUUGUUUCCAAUGAGCUUCAAUGCUUUAGUUCAUUGUCAGUUUUUAAAUCCCAUGCACAUUUGUCUCAGUAAAUGGAAGGAAAGCAAUGUUCAGCAUUUCUCAUUACUAAGCCAAGAGAUGAGAACAGUUAAAUACUUUGAAUCCAGAAUGUAAAGAAGCAUGCGAGUUAUCUAGGAUUUUGCAUAGGGAUUAAUGUUGGUGUAAAUUGCAGAAAUGGAUAAAUUUAAACUGUACUAAAAUCUAUCUGACCUCGGAAAAGUGACUCAUACAACUCACCAUACCCUUACCUCAACUUGCAUCAGAAACAUCAAAUGGCACUACUCACUGGGCAAACUGUUGUGGUUAUGAAAGAAUGAUAUUUCCUUUUGCUAGUGGAUUAUACUGGCCAGCAGUGGGCAGAGUCUAUAUGCAUUGUCUUAUUGACUGUUUGCACAUUUCCAAAAUCAGAGAGAAUGCUUUGUUGUA